CUGUUAGCCUUCUCCUUGGAUAAUAGCUUAAUACACUCAUCAAGGGCUUGGAAGAGGUCUGUGGUAUGCCAAGGUAGCCACAAGGAAAGUCAUUUAAAAAAAAUCAGUUAUGGAGCACUUGGGUGUCCAGUCUUGUGCUGACUUCCGUGGAGACUAGCAUAAAGACUUGGCUUCUUUGCUCAUUGCUGGCAUCUCUUAUGGGAGGUGGAGAGAGCACAGGACAUACUUCCAGACUGCAAAGGUAGAUGGCCAUGACCCCUUUUGCACAGACUUCUUAGCCUGGAGAGUCUUUGAUCUGAGUCCCUGAGCUGAUGUGGAGUCAGAAGGGUGUGGAGGUCAUCUUCAGAGUGGCCUGGACUGGGUCUUUUCUCCCUCAGGACGGAAGGGUGGGUGUCACUUUUUCCCUAGUAGACACAGCUGGGCUUUAUCUCCCCAGCAUUCCCAUCCCCUCCAGAGGCCUAUGUCACUCCAGACCAGCCAGUGUGGCCCUUUAUCUGGGCUCUGUUUCCUCCCUGGGGACACCAGAUCCCAGGCAAGAGAACUUGGCAGGCUUUCUUCAUGGCGACCUUAUUCCUCCUCCUUCUGGUCCUAUGUGGGUGCCCCCAGGCUGCUGCAGACAAUAUCCAGACCAUCUAUGUGGCCUUUGGGGAGACGGCGGAGCUGCCAUGUCCCUCGCCACCCACCCUGCAUGGGGACGAAGUCCUGUCCUGGUUCCGCAGUCCUACAGCAGGCUUCUCCACUGCUCUGGUAGCCCAAGUCCAAAUGGGCAGGCUAGUCCCAGACCCUGGGAAGCUCAGAAGGGAAUCCAGGCUCCGAGUGCUAGCAAACUACUCUCUGUGGCUGGAAGGCUCCAAGGAGGUCGACGCCGGGCGGUACUGGUGUGCGGUGCUGGGUCAGGACCACAAAUACCAGAACUGGAGGGUGUAUGAUGUCUCUGUGCUCAGAGGAUCCCAGUUAUCUGCGAGGACUAUAGAUGGAUCCUCCUGCUCUGUCCUCCUGUGCUCCAUGGUCCCCGCCAGACGCCUGGACUCUGUGACCUGGCUAGAGGGACAGGGUCCUGUGAGGGGCCACGUACAGUCCUUCUCGGGUGAUGGGGCUGCCCUGCUCUUGGUAUGUCCUGGGGAGGGGCUUUCUGAGCCCAGGGGCCGUAGACCGAGAAUCAUCCGCUGCUUCAUGCCUCAGAACAAAGGGGUCAGCUUUAGCCUGGCAGCCUCCAUGGAUGCUUCUCCUGCCCAGUGUGCCCCUUCCAUGGGCUGGGAUGUGUCCUGGAUCCUGAUGCUGUUGCUCAUAGCAGGCCUGGGAGUCACCAUCCUGGUCCUCAGCAUCAAGCUCUGGAGGCAGAGGAUCCAAGGGGCUCAGUGCAGAGAUGCCUCGAUUCUUCAGUUCAAACCUGAAAUCCAGGUCUACGAGAACAUCCAUUUGGCCAGGCUCAGCCUACCUGCCCCCAAGAUCAGAUGAUCGGUGACAUUUUCUGGAAAGUGUGGCCUGCUGUCUCCUGACCAUCUGGCAUCUGAAGGAGUCCCCAAACCCGUGGCCAAGGGGAUGGGGCUGAGAGCACCACUUCAGCCUAGCUGGUCUUCAGCCGCCAAGCUGUGGGGGUUGCUGGGAGGGGGGCGCUGAACGGAAGGAGAAGCGAUGUCUGUGAUGUCACCCAUGAAGAGAUGUGGUUUUCUGUCUUGUAGCAGCCAGUGGAGCGGUGUCCCUGAGCCCGCAGUACCCUGGGAUUGAGGGGAGCCAGGGUAGCUGGUAGCGGUGCGGAGGGCUGGGGAUGGGCAGAGAGGAGACAGAAGAAUCCAGAGACUGGAGCACUGGUGGAGAAUCAGUCACAUGGGAGCCAAAGGACAAACGCGGAAACCGAAGAAGAGAGAAGGGAAGAGACUCAAUCAGUCAGAGGAAGGAGAGGGCAGAGAGAGAAAAGCACGAAGUGAGAGGAGUGAGGGACAGAGAGAAUGGAAAGACUCAAAUUGCCUCUAAAUUAAACAGACCACGCCUCCCCCCCC